UAUGACGCUAGUGCGCGUCCCUGCGCGUCUGCGAAACGGAGCGCGACGCGACGCGACGCGGCGUGGGGCACGUCGCAGCGCGCCGGCAUCGGCACCUCCUUCGCUCUUUUGUCAUCGCGCCGGAAGCGCUCAGGCGGCGAAGAUGGCGGCCGCCGGGGCCGGCCUGGGGCCCGAUGCCGGGGACUUCCUGGCCCGGUACCGGCUGGUGUCGAACAAGCUGAAGAAGCGAUUCCUGCGGAAGCCGAACGUGACGGAGGCCGGCGAGCAGUUCGCGCAGCUGGGCCGCGAGCUACGCGCCCAGGAGUGCCUCCCGUACGCGGCCUGGUGCCAGCUGGCGGUGGCGCGCUGCCAGCAGGCGCUCUUCCACGGGCCCGGGGAGGCGCUGGCGCUGACCGAGGCCGCCCGCCUCUUCCUGCUUCAGGAGCGCGACGCGCGCCAGCGCCUGGCCUGCCCCGCUGCCUACGGGGAGCCGCUGCAGGCCGCUGCCAGCGCCUUGCGCGCCGCCGUGCGCCUGCACCUCGAGCUGGGCCAGCCGGCCGCCGCCGCCGGCCUGUGUCUCGAGCUCGCCGCCGCCCUGCGCGACCUGGGCCAGCCGGCCGCCGCCGCCGGACACUUCCAGCGAGCCGCCCAGCUCCAGUUGCCCCAGCUGCCUCUGGCCGCGCUGCAGGCGCUCGGCGAGGCCGCCUCCUGCCAGCUGCUGGCCCGCGACUACAACGGGGCCUUGGCGGUCUUUACACACAUGCAGCGCCUCGCGCGGGAGCACGGCAGCCACCCCCUGCCGCCGCCGCCGCCGCCGCCGCCGCCGCCGCCACAGCCUCCAGGACCGCAGCCGGGCCUGCUCCCUCCUAAUGCCGUCUCCGGAGCGCCUGCUUCCGCGGCGCUAGGCGCCUUCUCGGACGUGCUGGUCCGCUGCGAGGUGUCCCGCGUGCUGCUGCUGCUCCUCCUGCAACCACCGCCCGCCAAACUGCUGCCCGAGCAUGCCCAGACCCUGGAGAAGUACUCCUGGGAGGCUUUUGACAGCCACGGGCAGGAGGGCAGUGGCCAGCUUCCCGAGGAGCUCUUUCUGCUACUCCAGUCUUUGGUCAUGGCGACGCACGAAAAGGACACAGAAGCCAUCAAGUCGCUGCAGGUGGAGAUGUGGCCGCUGUUGAGUGCUGAGCAGAAUCAUCUUCUUCACCUCGUUCUGCAAGAAACCAUCUCCCCCUCUGGACAGGGGAUCUGACCAAUCCCAUUAACCCAAUGACUUUUUUCCUGUUGUCAAACCUCAUGCAUGCUCCUUUGCAUUUGGGGGAGAACAAAAGACAUUGAUCCUCAUUCUACGUUUAUGUUAUGUUACAUUGUCAUCAUAGGAAUAAGGGUCUCUAUCCCAAAUGCUUAUUUCCAGAAUAGUAGGAGAACAAUAAAAAUUUUUAUUUUUAUUAGGAUGGAGUUAGAGGACGUGGUCCUCUUCCCAAAACCUGGCAACAUAAAAAUGAGAAUCCCUUUCAUCCUCUACCCAACUGCCCCUGCCCAUCUUUGUUUAAUAGGGGGUGUUUUAUUUUGCUUAGCUCUUUAAAUACUAAUACUUGGGCUAUAUGGUUUUAUCGUGACUCUGAUUUCAGAAAAGGGUUAACCUAUUUUCUUUAUGACUAUAGAUUGAGAAAUUCUAAAUAAAAUGUUAGCAAAUUGGAUCUA